CUAAAUUAUAUUUUUCCAAUCUUGAUUCUUUCAUUACUUUGACAACGGAACGUUAAGGCUCGUCAUGGCGAAACGUGAUUAUAGAGACGAAGGUGUCUCCGAGACCAGACCAAAGAAAAAGUCGAAGUCGAAGAGUGAGAAGCGUGACAAGGAGGAAAAUGUGAAAGAGCCGAAGGCCUCAAAAUCUUAUAGCCAAUCUGUCGCUCUUAGCGGUUUACCUCAGGCGGAAAUCGACAAAUUUCUCUCGGAAAACACGAUCAAGACGGUUGAUCCAUUGUCGCAAACCCCGGAUCUUCGCCCAAUUCUCUCAUUCUCCCACCUGCCAUCAUGCACCGGCGAUUUGUAUCAGCCUUUGGAAUCCUUCAAGGCACCAACGCCUAUCCAGUCGGCAACUUGGCCAUUUCUAUUCUCUGGCCGUGAUAUCAUUGGGAUUGCCGAAACUGGAAGUGGUAAGACGCUUGCUUUUGGUUUGCCAUGCAUGAAGAUGAUUUUGGACUCGGCGGAGAAGAAAAAGCAGAAGCCUUAUCGACCAGCGGCAGUCGUGAUCUCGCCGACACGGGAGCUUGCGAUGCAGAUCCACGACCAACUUCUGAAGUAUGCAGGCUCUGGAUCCAUUGACAUGGCGUGCAUCUUUGGUGGGGUGAGGAAAGACGAGCAACGGGCAGCUCUCAAGACCGCAUCUGUUGUCGUUGCCACGCCCGGCAGAUUGAAGGAUCUUCAGAGCGACGGCUCAUUGGACCUUGGGAAGGUCAAAUACCUUGUUCUAGAUGAAGCAGAUCGUAUGCUCGACAAAGGGUUUGAAAAGGACAUAAAAGAGAUCAUUGAGUCCAUGCCUGCGUCCAAGCGUCAAACCGUGAUGUUCACUGCUACCUGGCCUCCGGCUGUGACAGCUCUUGCUGCGAAUUUUAUGACCUCACCUGUUACUGUGACUAUCGGCGGAGACCCGUCUGCCGAUCCUCGGGCUAACACGAGAAUCAAACAAGUUGUGGAAGUGGUCCAGCAACACGAUAAAGAAUCCAGACUUGUGCAGCUGCUCAAUAAGUCUCAGCGGACGGGCUCAACCCCCGAUAAAGUCCUGGCUUUCUGUUUAUACAAAAAGGAAGCCAUGCGUGUUGAAAGGCUUCUACGGGCUAAAGGGUUUCGUGUGGCCGGGAUCCACGGCGACUUGAGCCAGCAAGAGAGAUUCAAGAGCCUGGACGCUUUCAAGUCAGGUGCUGCUACAGUGCUUGUCGCGACAGAUGUGGCAGCUCGCGGUCUAGACAUACCUGCAGUCAAACAGGUCAUCAACGUCACGUUUCCCCUUACAGUCGAAGAUUAUGUACAUCGGAUUGGACGAACUGGUCGUGCUGGAGCUGAAGGUUAUGCCAUCACCCUUUUCACAGAACUUGACAAAGCCCAGUCUGGAUCGUUGAUCAACGUCCUCAAGCAAGCAAAACAGGAGGUUCCAGAAGAGCUCCUCAAAUUCGGCACGACUGUGAAGAAGAAGCAACACGACUCAUAUGGUGCAUUCUUCAAGAACGUCGAUACCGACAAAACAGCGACGAAGAUCACGUUUGAUGAUUGAGCAGUUGUUUAUUAUAUCGAUUUUUGCUUCAUGAGCUUGGUUUUGAACAUCGGAUAAAGUUUUUCGCACUUUGUUAUAAGGAAUUCUCUCUCAAGAUACAUUCUAGAAAUAAAUCAUUAGAGAUCGUUCACCG